GGGGCGGGCUUUGCGAAGAUGGCGGCGUCGGAGGUGCUGGAAUCAGACUUGCUAAGCGCCGUGACGCUUUUGAAAAACCUCCAGGAGCAGGUGAUGGCUGUAACUGCACAAGUGCAAGCUCUAACAAAAAAAGUUCAAGCUGGAGCCUAUCCUACAGAGAAGGGUCUCAGUUUCUUAGAAGUGAAAGAUCAGCUGCUGCUCAUGUAUCUUAUGGACUUAAGCCACCUCAUCCUGGACAAAGCCUCAGGAAGGUCUCUUCAGGGCCAUGCUGCAGUUUUGAGACUGGUGGAAAUUCGCACGGUUUUGGAAAAGCUUCGUCCUUUGGACCAAAAACUGAAGUAUCAAAUUGACAAACUGGUCAAGACUGCAGUGACAGGCAGCCUCAGUGAGAAUGAUCCACUUCGUUUUAAGCCUCAUCCCAGCAAUAUGAUGAGCAAGUUGAGCUCUGAGGAUGAGGAGGAAGAUGAAGUGGAAGAAGGCCAGUCUGAAGCUUCAGGGAAAAAAUCUGUAAAAGGAACAUCUAAGAAAUAUGUCCCACCACGCUUGGUUCCAGUACAUUAUGAUGAAACAGAAGCUGAGCGGGAAAAGCAGCGUCUGGAACGAGCCAAGAAACGGGCAUUGAGUAGCUCUGUCAUUCGUGAGCUUAAAGAGCAGUAUUCAGAUGCUCCAGAGGAAAUUCAUGAUGCUCGACAUCCUCAUGUUACUCGCCAGAGUCAGGAGGACCAACACAGGAUUAACUAUGAAGAGAGCAUGAUGGUGCGUUUAAGUGUCAGUAAGCGAGAAAAAGGGCUGCAAAAACGAGCAAAUGUCAUGAGCUCACAACUUCACUCCCUCACACACUUCAGUGAUAUCAGUGCUUUGACAGGAGGAACCCCCCAUCUUGAUGAGGAUCAGAAUUCUGUUAAGAAGAGGAAGAAGAUGCCUAAGAAAGGUCGGAAGAAGAAAGGACAUCUUCAUGCCUGUCUGCAUCUCCUUUUUGCCAUUGCUUCGAUGCCUGGGAUGGUUUAGAUAUAAUCCUGCUUAGAGUCAGGAGAGUGACUUCUCUCAAUUAACCUACUGACACAGGGAAGAGGCAAGUUGGAGAAUUAUGUAACACUUUGUUAUAACAAAUAGCCUGUUUUCUGUUUUAACACUUUCUUUGUUUUGUAACUGUUACUUUACCCUAUUUGUGACCUGUUUAGAAUGUGUGAGUGAGG